AUGAGUAACCGCCAUCUGCCGGCUGGGCAGAAUAUCCAAGGGGGACAGGGCGGCAUAUCAGGCGUCGAUAUGGGCAAUGGUCCCGGCUCUGGAGGCCCUCGAAGGAGGCAGCAUCAGUAUAUGGCGCCGUAUCAGCAACAUAUGGCCCCAAUGUAUCCAAACUACAUGCCAUAUGCUGCGCCGCAGCAGUAUUAUGGCAUGCCUCCGCAGUAUCCCAAUGGGGCCAUGCCAGCGCCAGCAUAUAUGCCCUACCAGCCGUAUGGAAGAUCACCACCAACUAUGCCUCAGUACGUUCCCAUGGUAGGCGUCAGCGUCCCUCCAAACUAUUCUCGCCCAGCUCCGCAGUCACCAAACCUCGCAACACCGUAUCAACCACCUCCGGCACCUGCUCCUAUUCCACCGCAAACCCCUUCAUCAACACACUCGUCGCAGAAGAUCGCUCCACCGACACCUCCCACUCCGCAGAUAGUAGAGAGUGCUCCUGCUCCCCGGCCGCCGGAACCGCAGCUAAAGCAGCCAGCACCGGAAGUCCAGCCUGUUUUGGUAACCGAACGGCCCUCUUUCCGACCACCGCUCCCUUGGCUGUCGCGGCCUGAUGUUUCAUUCCCUAAACGUUCGCCCCGGUCCAGGAUAAGAAGGAAACUUCUUCCUUCCAAUGGCCAAACAGUCUCUCUCCCCGCCGAGCAACAUGGGACCAUUCUCGACUUGACUCCCGCCGCUGUAUCAAAUCGAGACAUUUCCUCGAAGGCAGAAUCGCCGUCGAACGCCCCUACCAAACCUUCUUCGGAACUUGCGCAAGAACACAGCAUUGCCGAAAGCCAGCCAGGGAAGACAGCCGGUGUGCUGCUCUCACCCACAGUUCAAACUGUUGUUCCUAGCCUGCCCAAGCCUCCAGCCCAGGAAUCCGGUGCUGAAAUGGCCAACGCAGGCGUGACAGGCGCCGUUACAAAUGUGGAAGAUGCUGCCCAAGACACCGGGCUCAUAAACUCUGAGCUAGACAAUGCCACCGCUGCAGAACAGGCCGCGCCUGUUGCCCCAGUCAAAGCCGCACCCACUAGCUGGGCGAAUCUUUUUGCCAAACCCGCCAGUCAGAGUGUGAAGAUUUUGAACGGAGCUAAUGGCACGACGUCUGUGAAUGGUGACGCGACAGAGGCUACUACCGCCGGUGUUGUUUCGGGAUCAAACUUCUCGCAGGAAAACCGCAGUCUUCUGGCUGAUGCUAUCCAGACUUUCAAAGUCAACAACAGUAACAAAGCCACGCUGGUUGAGCCUCGUGGCCUUGUCAACACUGGUAACAUGUGCUAUAUGAAUUCAGUGUUACAAGUCCUCAUGUUUUGCGCUCCUUUUUACGACUUUUUGGAUCAAGUGAGCAAGCGAGCAGCUCACAGCUUCAAGAGUGAAACACCUCUUGUGGAUGCGAUGGUCAUGUUUUUGCAAGAAUUCAAAGUCCUGGCAUCUGCUUCGUCUUCCGAGCAGCUUCACAAGUCACUGAAGACACAGAUUUUCGAACGUUAUGGCGACCCAUUUACUCCUGAAUUCGUAUACGAAGCUAUAAGGCAGCUUCCGCGGUUCGCGAGUAUGAGGCGCGGACACCAGCAAGAUGCGGAGGAGUUCCUCGGUUUCCUUUUGCAGUCUUUGGAUGACGAGUGCAUGCUUGUUAUGAACAAAUCCCUUGCCAACGAGGCCGAACAGCUUCUGGAUGAUGGGUCUGUAGAUUUGGAAUCCACGAAUCCCGCAGGAGAUUGGCUCGAAGUUGGCCGCAAGCAAAAGGCCGCAGUCAGCCGAUCAGCGGGAUCAAACUCUUCGACACCAAUCACGAAGAUCUUUGGCGGACUCCUCAGAUCCGAAUUUAGAGUUCCUGGGCUCAAAGAUUCUAUCACCACAGAGCCAUACCAGCCCCUGCAGCUUGACAUCGGCUCGCCGGAUGUGCGAAAUGUUGUAGAUGCACUCAGGGGACUCACAAGACCUGAGCGCAUGCAAGGGGACUUCAACUCCCCUCGAGGCAAGGAUGUUAUGGCCACAAAGCAAGUGUUUAUUGAGUCUUUGCCACCAGUUCUCAUCCUGCACCUCAAACGCUUCCAGUUCGAUGCCACAGCCAACGGCACUAUCAAGAUUUGGAAGAAUAUCGGAUACCCGUUGGAGCUUGAAAUUCCCCGCGAGGUUCUCUCCCGGCAGCGUCGCCAGAACAUUGGCGACGGCCCCAUGCCGCGGUACAAGCUGAUCAGUGUGGUGUACCAUCAUGGAAAGAACGCCAGCGGCGGCCACUACACUGUUGAUGUUCGUCGACAAGAUGGCCACGAGUGGCUUCGCCUGGACGACACCGUGCUCCGACGAAUUCGCAAGGAGGAAGUUGCCCAAAAUGGAGCUGAAGAAGAAGUCAAGGACCCCCGCAAGGAGCAGUCUGUAGUGUCUAAUCCGUCAGCCAACCGCUUUGGUGCGAUGAAUGACGAAGACACCGGAGACGAGGAUGGCUGGAAGCAGGUCACAACUUCCACCAGUGGAGGAGGUAAGAGAUGGAGCAGCGUGGUCAACGGUAGCACCACCCCGGCCACGAAGGACAAGCAGGCCAAGGACAAUGUCAAGGACAACAAGGUAGCGUACUUGCUGUUCUAUCAACGCAUGUAA